UUGGUCUUAUCUUGGUCUUAGAAAUUUCGGAGAAAAGAAGAAACGAAAACACAAACCGUAAAGAAAAUUUUCUUUUCAGUCACCUCAGGUUUAAAAACACACAAAAAGUUUUCCAACGGCAGUCGGAACCACAAAAAUACCAUGCCACGAUAGUUCACAUCUAGCUUACAGUUCAGUGUUGAAAGUCGAAGGAACCAUCGUUAAAGAAUCAUCGGCAUCGAUGUUCUGCUCUAAUUACAACCACUUCUUCCACCCAAAAUAAACAAAAGUCUGUUCAGAUGAAUAUUUUACCCAAAAAACGGUGGCAUGUGCGCACCAAGGAUAACAUCGCCCGAGUGCGCCGCGACGAGGCGGCGGCCCAAGUGGAGGAGCAGAAGCGCCAGGAGAAACUAGAGCUAGCGGAGAGCGAGGCCCGCAUAAACUUCCUGCGCCGCCAAUCGGGCCUCCCUGAAAAGACUUCCCAAGCACAAAGUGCACCCGUCCACAACGAGGCGGAGUCACAAGCGCCGUUGAACCUGUUCGAGGACUACCAGAACCAUGUGAAGACCACCAAUAAGGAGCUGGAGAAGGAGAAGAAGGAAGAACAGGAAAAGUACGAGAAGCAGAUCGGCUACCUCACAUAUUUGGGCCAGGACACAAAUGAGGCGCUGAAAGUGCGCAGCUGGUACGAAGUAGCACCCAAAAGAGAGGAAGUUGGCGAUCCUAACGCUAAGGAACUUCAUCUGAAGCAGAAGUUGGCCCAAGAUCCUUUAACCCUGAUUAAUGCCUUGCUGCCGCCGGAGAAAAGGACCAAGGAGGCAACGAAACGGAAAAGAGAAAGGAUCCCGACGAUCCCACCCGGGGAGUCAUCACCAGCCCACUCGUCACGCUCCUCACACUCCAAGUCCAAGAAGCAGAAAAAGGAGAAACAGGAAAGGAAACACAAGAAAAGCAAAACACAUAAGAGCCACAAAAGGGAGGCCAAGAAAGAAUCACUCCUGGCUGCUGAACACCAGAAGCGCGAAAAUCUGGACAGGUUAAGAAGGGAACGCCUGAGACGAGAGAUGGCUGAGCGGCUGCGUUCCGAAGCCCUGUUCGCUCCCAAGGAACCCGCUAGUGUAGCGUCCACACCAGCUCCCACGCCCAAAAUAGUCCAAAAGUACAAUAGUCAGUUUAAUCCAGAAUUCGCAAAGCAGAAUCAGGUUUAGGAAAAAACGGUUCAUUGCCAAAGAUGUUAUUAUAUGUUUUAGGUGUUAUAAUCUUGGAAGAUUUGUUCAUCCAAUGUAAACUAACAAUAAAGUAUGCCAUGUAAGAAAAGAAACAAACCGGAAA